AUGGGGUCGUCCGGAUGGGCUAACCGGGCCAGCAAAAUGCCCUCAAAAAAAAAUCUAACCUCUCACGGCGGCAUUCGCAACUGCUUCGCCGACGCCGUCGACGUUUCGCCGGAGGGAGCCCGCGCGGAUGCCGCCGCCGCAUCCGCUCUCGUCGCCAUGCCGCCGCAGCGUGUCCUCCUGAUCGUCAUCCUCCUGCUCUCCUCCGCAAGCAGCAGCCUGGAGGCGGAGGAGCCGUUGAGGGCCCUCAGCAUCGGCGAUGAGCUGGUGGGCGAGACGAUGCCGCUCCGCCACGGCCGGAGGGUCUACAGGCUCGCCGGGCUGCGGCCGCCCGCGUGGUACGAAGUCAAGAUCUCCUAUCCGGCCUCCAUACCGUCCAGCUUCUCGAUCCGGCUCGUGAGCGAUCCUGAUGCUGCAGAGGACCAGGGGAGUAAGAACAGGAGGCUGCUCAACACGGAGAAGAUCAUUUUCCAGGCUGAGAGCACCAAGCCGGUUUAUGUUCUUGUCACGGUGGAGCCUGAGGGUGUGGUUGCAAAGCCAAAUGUCAAGGAGAGAGAGCUUGCCCUGUUCAACAUUGUGUGUGAUGAACUUUUGCUGGGGAUCCCUCGCUUUGCCUGGUGGGUUGGAAUUGCAGCAGUGAUUUGCCUUGUGUUGGCAUCACUAGCACCGUAUUUCCUCCCGAUCCACAAGCUACUUAACUACGAAACUGCAAAGUCGAGCGACGCCGAUGCAGCCAAGCUCUCGUGAUCAACCGGAACACGCUGUAUGAAUCUUCAGCUUUGUCUGUCGUACUAGAAAGUUCGGUUCAGUUCAGUUUUGCAUAGUAGGUAGCAGGCUAGUGCACAUGUAUUGUCUUCUUUCUUCUUCCCUUCCUUUUUGCCCUGCACCAGACGCAGUUGUACAAGCAUCUGAUGGUUGUUGCCCUAGUGUUUAAUGCUAGAUAUGUCGUUCGAUCCUGUACGGUUGCCUCAUGAAUUAAUUGAAAUACUAUGGUUUUAUUGAAUGAA